AUGUCAGUCCGUCUAUUCUUCUUCCCCUUUAUCUUUUCUUCUUCUUCUUCUUCUUCUUCUUCUUCUUCUUCUUCUUCUCUCUUUUUCUUCUCUCGUUUUCUUCCCCCAAGGAUGAAAACCUCGCUUCACUCAUUUCAGUUCAGCAAACAUGAUUCUUCUUCUUCAUCCUCUUCUUCUUCUUCUUCUUCUUCUUCUUCUUCUUCUUCUUCUUCUUCUUCUUCUUCUUCUUCUUGUUCCUGUUCUUUUUAUUGUUCUCUUUUUUUUUCUCUGUCUUCUUCUUCUUGUUCUUCUUCUUGCUCUCCUUCUGCUUCAUCAUCAGCAUCCUCGUUUCGCAACUCUCAUUUAAGUUCACCAUAGUCCCUAAGAGAUAAUUUCAUGUAAUCAACAAGGCGAAUCAAAAUCGUUAACCACUCUUACUGAGUGAAGGAUACUCGGAAUGAGAGAAGACCUCGAAGAUUUCAGUCAAAUAGAAAGAGACGCAGUUACGAUGCUGGUGAUAUACUUGUGUAGAGAUAGAAUAUUCACCAACGUGAAAUUAAGUUUUUUUGUAAGAUUGAAUAUACCUUACA